CACUUCUUCCGAUCUACGCCGUCGCUGCUACGGGGUAUUUCCUUGUUGUUUCCCUAUCCAUUCAUCACUUCUAGUCAGAAAGUAUGGCAGACCAGAGCUCAAGCCCAUCCGACUCCUCCCCCGCUAGGCGCAGGCAUCGUGAAGGCCACAUUCAGUAUGCCUACACAUUACAGCGAGACGCAGCAGUAAAAGGCAUGGUCAUCUGGGGCUUCCUAGGCGCCGGAACCUGUUUCCUCGCCCAUAACAUGUUCCCCGCCUUUCGAGCCCAAACCCUCGCCCUCAAAGGGUUCCUCACAACCGGUAGUGCCAUCUUUGGUCUGGUCACCGGUGCCGAAGCAGUCCUCCAAGACUACGAAUCUCAACAACGUUCUGAUGAAAAUCUUAUUAGAGAUCGAGCUAGAACAGAGUUGGGUAGAAAGGGAAUGGUGGCUAGUGAAGCGGAAAUUGAAAAGUGGAAAUUGUUGGAGAGGGAGAAGUUGUUGCAGCGGUAUAGACAGAGACAGGAUGAGGCGAGUGCAAAUAGGGGAGAGGCCGAUAAGGUACUCUCGUAGAUUGGGUUUGGGAGAGGGGGUUCAGCAUGCUAGACGACGACAAGGACCCAUACCCCGCACAGAUCGCGGCAUUGUAUUAUGUAGACACACAGCACCACCACCACCACCACCACCACUGCUUCGAAUCGGCGCACUCAUCGAAAAUCACAAGCAUCGUACAUUGAUA